AUGCCGCUACGAUUAAUCAACUCUACGAUUGGUACAGCAACAUACAAUGCAGCGAAGUUUUUGUCAUCCAUUCUAAAUGGAAUUGUUGGUAAAACAGAUCACCAUAUAGUGAAUAGCUUUGAAUUUGUCGGCGAUAUUCGACAGCACAUUGUAACCAAUGAGUGUGCGUUGUUUUCGUUGGAUGUUGUUUCACUAUUCACUAAUGUGCCUGUGGAUUACGCCAUAGAAAGUGUACGACUACGAUGGGGCGAAUUGGAGGAGCACACCAAGAUUCCUGAGAGCAGCUUCAUUGCAAUGCUUGAGUUGGUGUUGACAUCAACUUUUUUCAUGCAUCAAGAUCGUUUCUUCAAGCAGAAAUUUGGGUUACCAAUGGGAUCUCCCUUAUCGCCAGUUGUAGCAAACAUAGUGUUGGAGAGGGUUGAGAGAAGUGCGCUGGAACUGUUGCAUCAAGAAGGUAUUGUACCAAUUUUCUUCAGGCGGUACGUUGACGACUGUUUAUCGAGUGUGCGAAGAGUACAAGUGGAGCGCAUGCUGGAGGUGUUUAACAGUUUCCACCCACGACUGCAGUUCACCAUAGAACUUGAGGAGGAUGGUCAAAUACGGUUUUUGGAUACAAUAGUGCGUAGGGAGGAGGACCAUCUCACCACGGAAUGGACUCCGAAGGAUUCAGAAGGCAGAUAUUUAGACUAUAAUUCCUCGAGUCCAUUUAACCAUAAGAAAAAUUCAGCGAUAGCAUUAGUUGAUAGGACAUUGAAACUAAGUGAAGUAUAUUAUCGUUCAAAUGCUCUAGAAGUUGUGAAACAAAUACUCACUAAUAAUAAUUACCCAGGUUCAUUCUGCAACAAGAUUAUUAAAGAACGAACACAUAAAUUGUACAAUACUCUUGAACCUAAAAACACUGAUGUGACAAUGAAAUUUGUUUCUGCGCCUUAUAUACCGGGUCUGGGAGAAAAAAUGGCCCGGUAUUUAUCACAGCAUAACAUAAAACUAGCUUUUAAAACCAUUGACAAAAUUAAAGACACAGUACACAGCUUAAGCUUAAGGACAGAAUAG